CGCCUUGGUGGCCGCGCUGUGCUACUGGAACUCGCUGCGCGGCGAGUUCGUUCACGACGACGUGUGGGCGAUCGUCAACAACCCGGACGCGCGGUCGGGCGCCCCCCUGGCGGCCGCCUUCGCCGACGACUUCUGGGGCAAGGGAAUGGCCGAGAACACCAGCCACAAGUCCUACCGCCCGCUCUGCAUCCUCACCUUCAAGCUGAAUAUCUUACUGGCUGGGAUGGACCCGUUUUAUUUCCAUGCCGUGAAUGUAGCCCUGCACUGCCUGGUGACGCUUGUGCUGAUGUAUACUUGUGACAAAGCCGUUUUCAAGGACAGCCGUCUGGCUUUUGUCACUGCUCUCUUCUUUGCUGUCCAUCCCAUUCACACUGAGGCCGUAACGGGUAUAGUAGGCAGAGCAGAUGUGCUAGCCUGUCUACUAUUUCUUUUGGCUUUUCUCUCCUAUAAUAGGAGCGUGGAUCAGCUUUAUGUUGGGGAACAUUUCCCUCCUACUGCCUCUCUCUCCUUUUUGCUGCUUAGUUUAUUUCUUGGGACCUGUGCAAUGCUGGUAAAGGAAACAGGGAUCACUGUGUUUGGUGUCUGCUUGGUGUAUGAUGGCUUCCUGCUUUCCCAAAAUAGACCCAGAUUAAAAAACGGAGGGGUGCCUCAGAAGAUGGCUCGGCCGCCUGCCUCUUCCCUCCAUCCUUCGUUGCAACUUCCUUCCUCCAGCAGGGAGAAUGGGAAGCACCGUGUUGCUCACAAGGGGACGUGGAACUCCUGCCACCCUGCGUCACCCGAAGAACAGCAGCACAACGGCCUUUCGGUCUUGAGCAAAGCUGCCUGUGCUGUGCUGAGUUACAUGACCAAAAGUAACAAACAGAAGUUCUUGUAUACUACAAGACCUUUUUUAAAGAGGGCUGCCUUGGUACUUACCUAUGUGAUCCUACUUUUGUAUUUUCGUCUCUGGAUAAUGGGAGGUUCCAUGCCAGCGUUUUCAGAGCAGGACAAUCCAGCUUCAUUCUCGCCAUAUCUUCUUACAAGGUUUCUCACUUAUUCCUACCUCCUGGCCUUCAAUGCCUGGCUUCUGCUGGCUCCAGUUACUCUGUGCUAUGACUGGCAGGUUGGGAGCAUCCCUUUGGUUGAAUCCAUUUGGGAUGUGAGAAAUUUUGCCACAGUUCUCUUGGCAAUGGUGAUGCUGCUGCUUGGUCUACAUUGCAUAGUCGCCUUCAAGAAACUGGAACACAGAGAAGUUCUAGUUGGCCUGUUGUUCCUGGUUUUCCCCUUCAUACCAGCUAGCAACCUCUUCUUCAGGGUGGGAUUUGUUGUGGCAGAGCGCGUCCUCUAUAUGCCUAGUAUGGGGUACUGCAUACUCUUGGUCCAUGGCUUAAACAAGCUUUGUACGUGGCUAAAUAAAUGGAGAGUCACUGCAAUGACCAUCUCAGCUUUGCUGCUGCUGCUAUUUUCUUGGAAAACAGUGAAGCAGAAUGAAAUCUGGUUGUCAAGGGAGUCCCUAUUCAGGUCAGGAGUCCAGACUCUGCCCCAUAAUGCCAAGGUGCACUACAACUAUGCCAAUUUUUUGAAAGACCAAGGCCGGGGCCGUGAAGCCAUCUACCACUACAAAACAGCACUUGAGCUGUACCCACGUCAUGCAAGUGCCCUGAACAACCUUGGGACAUUAACCAAAGACUUGGUGGAGGCAAAGGAGUACUACAGUCGAGCCCUCCAGCUAAAUCCACAGCACAAUCGAGCCCUCUUCAAUCUAGGAAAUCUACUCAAGUCCCAAGGGAAGAAGGAAGAAGCCGUUCUCUUGUUGAGAGAUUCUAUCCAAUAUGGACCAGAGUUUGCAGAUGCUUACUCCAGCCUUGCAUCACUCUUGGCUGAACAGGACCAAUUAAAAGAAGCUGAGGAAGUAUAUCAAGCUGGAAUAGAGAAUUGUCCAGAAAGCUCUGAUCUGCAUAAUAACUAUGGGGUUUUCCUGGUUGAUACUGGCGCUCCAGAGAUGGCGGUUUCCCACUACCAGAAGGCCAUUCAGCUGAGCCCUGGCCAUCAUGUGGCCAUGGUGAACCUGGGCAGGUUGUACCGCUCCUUGGGGCAGAACAAAGACGCUGAAGCCUGGUACAAACGGGCACUGAAAGUAGCACAGAAGGCUGAAAUCCUGACCCCUCUCGGAGCUUUGUAUUACAACACGGGGCGAUACGAAGACGCCCUAAAGGUCUACAGGGAAGCGGCAGCACUGCAGCCCUCCAACAAGGAGACACGUCUGGCCCUGGCUCAGGUUUUAGCAAUGAUGGGACAAACCAAGGAAGCGGAACAAAUGACCAGUCAUAUCGUGACUGAAGAGGUUGAGUGCCUCGAAUGCUACCGCCUUUUGUCAGCCAUCUACAGCAAGCAGGAAAACUACAACAAGGCACUUGAAGCCAUAGACAAAGCUCUGCAGCUGCAACCAAAGGACCCGAAAGUCAUAUCAGAGCUCUUUUUUACUAAAGGAAAUCAGCUAAGAGAACAAAAUCACCUGGACAAAGCUUUUGAGAGCUAUAAAGUGGCCGUAGACUUCAACCCAGAACAAGCACAAGCCUGGAUGAACAUGGGAGGAAUUGAGCAUAUCAAGGGUAACUACAUCACUGCACGUGGAUACUAUGAGAAAGCUUUACAUCUGGUUCCAAACAGUAAGCUGCUGAAAGAGAACUUGGCUAAAUUGGAUCGCUUAGAGAAACGGCUGCAGGAAGUCCAAGAAAGAGGAUAACGGGGAUAGCCGAAUUUGUGUUUGCCUCCAAGAGAUGAGCGAAUGCUGUGGAAGCCCAUAGUUUCCCCCACAAGACAGAAGCAAACUGAAAGGAGCCGUGGUUGCAUGGGUGACCCAGAAUAGGGUGUACAUGUGGACCCAGAAAAGAAGGGUGUACACAGGAAUCACCGUUGAGUCGCCAAAGCUCUGGGAGUCCUGCUGUUUUUCUCUGGACGUGGUGUAGAAUGGGCAAUAACCUAAUCUUGAUCCAGGUUUAUGUUUGGAUUUGCUUUGUACCACUUCCAUUAGUGCCCACAGUGGGAAAUUUAUAAAAUGCUUCUAUAAUGUCCGAAUUUCUCAUUCUGAACAAAAUACAAAAUGAAAAUCAAGUACUGGGAUGAUUUUUGGAAGUGAGGUGAUGGCCUCAUUCUGCAAGAACCAGGCCCCAUUAUCCAGUCGUGCUAAAGGGAAUACUCUACCAUAGACUCCAGGGCUCCCAAAGUCAGGUCUUUGAUUGGCUAAGAAGACAGCGGCGGCAGCCAAUAAAGGAAAGAGGGAAGAGGCAGUGGUGGCUAGAGUUGAGGGAAACAGCAACGAUCAGGCCCUCUCACAGAUCUGGGGAGUCCUUCUUGGGGAAUAAUUAUCCAUCAUCUUAGGAGGAGGGUGAUGCAGCUAGUUCUUAGUUGAAUAUUUUGAUCGUGAGAACGAUUCCAGAAAGAGAAGUCCCCCAUACAGAAUGGUUACUUUUGUGUGGCAGUUUACGUUCAAGGUAUCUCAGCUGGGUGUUCUCACUCAGAAUAAUGGGUUUUGUUUUUAUGGAGGAUGAAAAACUCAAUGCAUCAGAUGAAAAGGAGCAGCUCUUAAAAACAGCUCAGAUAGCUCAUAGCUAUUGGAUAGGGGUGGGGGGUGGGGUCACAGGAAUUAUUUCCUGAAAAAUAAUUAGGAUGUUCAAAAUAUAAGAGCUGGGAUCCAAAGAGCUCACUGCAUGCAUCCAAGGAUGCAGGCAAGGUUCCCCCCGCCAGGCACGCUGGAUUUCUUUUUGCAAUCACAGAUCCUUGUGCCGCCUGAGAGGCUGAGCCAGGAGGAGUGCCGGGUUCAGGUUGUCAGGUGGAUGCACAAGGGUCUACUGUUAGAAGGACAAAGCACACAGAAGCUCCCAGAGUGGCCCUUCUGGAUCUCAGCAGAGAACAGGAGUUAUAGGACACUUUCCAGUUGGCUGCAAAGCUUUUUGGAUUGAUUUGUUUCUAAGACUUGGGGGAAGGAGUGAAGAAAGGGAUUUUUGUGGCAUCUAUUUACCCCCUUUUCCCCCAUUGAAAAAAAUAAAAUAAAAAUCAGGCCUAUUAAAAUGAAGAAAGUUCAUAUCACGGGUUAGGGUUUUAU